CUUGCAGAGAAGCGUAAAAGUGCGUUGGAUCAAAUGGCGAUAGAACGUCACGACAUCGACCGAGUCCACCGAGAGCAAGUGGACAAGAUACAUGAAGAUCAUAAGAAAACUAUGACAGAAUUAGCCGAGCAGCUCACAGGAGAAAAGAAAGUACGAAAGGAGAACGAGGAUCUCCAACAAAAGCUGUUAGAUACAAAGACGAGACUACAGGCUUCAGAGGAAAAAUGUAGCUGGUUUGAAAGAACUUUAUCCAGAACUGAAGAAGCUGCGAACGCCGAGAAAGAACAAAACAAGAAAGUUACGGAAGACUUAAUUGAAAAACAUAACCAAGACAUGGAAACUUUAAACGAAGAGAAAAAGAAGCAAUUUGAGGAAAUGACGUCACAAAUUGAAGAACUGAAUAACASAAUAGAAGAAGAAGCUGAAAAACACAGACAGGAAAUGGAAGAGCACAGUGAAAACAUGACAAAACUGACWCAGGAACUGAAAGAUAAACAAGUUGAAAAUAGAAUAGCAGGGAAGAAAGGAGAUCAAUUGGUGAAAGACCUAAAGCGUCAAUAUAAACUAGAGCGUAAACGAGCUGACCAACUACAGCAAAAGUUACAAGAAGCCUUGUCAGAGAAUCGAGCAAAACAAAACUUUGACGAGCUUUUCAGUACUCCAGGACAGCGCAGGAAUAGCGGUGAUUCGUCUAUUCUCAGCCCUAACAGAAGUGAUAUAGACAGUCCAGAUAUCAGACCUCCAAGCCCAUCCUCGUCGAUCUCAGGUCUUCUCAACGAAGACACGACAGACCUGAUUGAACGACUCGCAGACGUACAGCAGGAAAAAUGGCUGCUUGAAGAAAAAGUUCGACACUUGGAAGAAACCGGUGGUGCUUUGGCUGAUGACCUGAUGCAAAAAUCACACAUUAUACAAACAUACGCUAUGCAGACCAAAAUUGGUCCCAUCAAUGAGUCCCCCAAAACACCAACCAUCACAUCACUUAAAGAAAGAAUGAAGUCAAGUUUGAAUAUCGGAAAAACCAAAGCUGAUACCAAGAAAAUACAAAUGCUACUCGAGGAAACACUAAUGAAGAAUGUGCAACUACAAGAGGACAUUGAUCGACUAUCCAAGCAGUUACAGAAAUAUACAAAAGACGAUACGUCAAUACUAACUAACCAAUCAGUGACAAGUAUAUCAGAAAACACACAGUCGUCAUCAACCACCAAUGAAACGACACAGGGUUCCCAAGAUUUUGAUGAGAGCUCCACGACACAGGAAUCCCAUGUGGAAUCCUUGUCGUAGUUCGACGGUGUAUGUAAAUAGAAUAAAUUUAUAGGGUUAAAUUAGUUAGGAUAUAUUUAGAUACAGCACAGUUUUAAUCAACAUAAGUUAAAUACAACAUUAAUCCGAAAUAUAUAGAGGAUACAUGUAUACUAUUACAUAGGCACCCGGAGAUACGGAUUUUAUCUUCGAGUAUUGAAAAGAACUCUCACGAGUGACCGUAGCACGAGAAGAUAAAAUUCGUAUCUCCAAUCGACCAUGUAAGAUUCUGUUUAUCAUAUAAUUACAUAUGUGUGCAAAUAAUUCAGAAAUUUCUUCGAUAGUAAAACUUGUGAAAUUUAAAACUAUUUCAGUUGUCUUCUAUACUCACGGAUCUCUUGCAUUUCCACGGACUGUUAGUCAAUAACAGAAWUUCUUACAUGGUUUUGAGGCUAACAAAGCGUAAAAGAGAUCGCUUAAAGGGUUUAUAUGAUAAAUGGUUAUUACAGUUAUCUUAGCUCAACUGUCUGUCCCUCUAUCUGUAGAAAUGUAUCCAAUGUCUUUCAAUCAGAUGAUAUGUUUAUCCAGUAUCCUGUACUCGAGCCCAGUGUAUGAGAAUUCUUAUCGAAUAUGUUUUUAUAUCGUUUUUAAAAUGCUUCUUUAUCAAGACAGGUGCUUUAGAUGUAAAACUAGUCAAUAUCAGCCAGGUUAGAUACAAUGAUAUUAAAAUAUCACACUCCUUGGAUUCAAUCUUAUUCAAUAUUAAAAAGUUUGAUUACAACAGUA